CUUGCCACGUGUCCCUCGAGAUUCGUGUAACGAGGAUAAGAGGACACCCUACCACCACCUCAUGCCUCCCUGCAGCAGCAGUUGUCUCAGAGCUCUUUCUUCUUCUCAAGAGCAGAAGAAGAAAAAGAAAAAUCCAUCUCCAGCAGCUAGAAAUUAAAAAAAUAAUUUAAAAAAAAUGCUGGAAGAAUCACUGCCGUCCAUCUGGGCUUCCAUGCACAGGUGGUUCAUCCCUACCGUCCUCUUCAUCCUCAUCAACGUCGUCAUCGGCACCAUUUCCUUCUCUUCCUCCCAAAAGGAAGAAAAGAACCCCAAACCCCAGCUCUCCCGCACAUCCUCCGUUUUAGAAAGGCUCAGAUCCUUCAAUCUCUACCGUCUGAAAGCGGAAGAAAUCCCUCCCGUUAUCACAAACCUCGAAGCCCAACCAACCGAAACCGUUGAGACCUUAGAAGUCGUCGAACCCGUCGAAACCGUCGAAGCAUCAGAUUCCGAAGAUGUCGGCCAUUUUACGAGGAGCCAGUCUGAUACACAUCCAACGGCUGGGGAGCGACCACAGAAGCUCCCUCAGAAGAUGUUGAAGAGAUCUGUGAGCGCCAAGUCAGUUUUCGGGCAUUUCGAAGAGGAGUUGGUGGAGCCCGCUGUCCCUAGACCGUCAACGAUGAGGGAACGGAAGGCGAUCGGAGACGACGAAGAGGUCGAUGCAAGGGCCGAUGAUUUCAUCAACAUGUUUAAGCAUCAGCUGAAGUUGCAACGGUUGGAUUCGAUUCUCAGGAACAAGGAAAUGCUCAACAACAGCAAGUGAGGAUUUUUCUCUUUCCUGAUAUUUUGCCUUUUUAUAGGGUUUUAGUGGGUGAUUCUAGUUUUUUUUUUUCUUUUUUAGAGAUGAUGAUAUAUUCACCCAUGAUUUUGAUGUAUUGGACCUUUUCUUUUGUCAUAUUCUUGCUUUGCUUCUGUCAUAGUAAGAGCAGAAUGGGAAUGGGAAGGUGUAUCUUUAUAUCAAAAUGGAGGUGUGAAAAUGUUAUGUAUCCUUUCUUUUGUAAUUGCUUGGAAUUAAGAAACCCUCUUUGGGUCUGUGAUCUUCUUUCAAGCAUCUGAAUUAUUAUGUCUUGCUUUCAUGUAGUAAUGGUGUUUUUGUAAUUUUAUAAAUUAAUGGGGUUUCUUUC